UGUUUAUAAGCUGAAUAUUGUCAUACAUGGUUUCGUUUGGCAAUAAGCUUUACAAUUUCUUGUUGCUAUAAUGUUUUAUUACUGUUUAAAGAGAAUUAUUUAGGGGAUUAGAAUACUGUGCUCCUAAUGAUUGUAUUUCUCCUUGGUACAGACAUUCCUUGGUACAAGAAAGUCUUUAUCUUGAAAAUCCUGCUAUGCGUUAGCGUACUUGCCCUGGAAAUAAUUUGCAUUCUAGUUUACUUCCUUUGCAAAAGAUGUAUAAAGCGCAGAAAGGAUAUUGAGACUCCUGAAGCUUCUGCGACUCAUGGGACACAAAACAAAGGAAGCAAGGCAGAAGUAAAGAUUGAGAAUGAGGAGAAGAGAGAAGAAGAUAUAGUGGAACUUGACAAAAAAGAUGUAGAAAAGGAAGAGAAAAAAGCAGAACACAGUACUGAUGAUAAUAAUGAGACAGAAGAGGAGGCAACUGCUAUGAAACAAGCAAAGAAAAGAAACAAGAGGAAAUGGAAACUGGCAUUGAGGAAUCUGACAAAAAAGAUGAGGAAAGAGCAAAAAGCAGAACACAGUGAAGUUGAAAAAAACCCAACAGCAAAGAGGAAAAUGUUGGGAAAGCUGAAGAAAUUAUGGCAGAAAGUAUAAAAGAGACAAGUAGUGAGGAUAAGAAAGAGACAGAAGAGAAAACUGCACGUGAAAAUAUGUAUAUUGCACAUGUAAUUUACAAUUUUCACAAGUAUUGUUAACCUCCUGCACUGAAGAAAACUUUUCUUAGCAAGCAAUAUUGCAAGAGAAUCCAAAAGGGGGCAGCCUCGGGGCACCCUAACUUCAAUUCCGGCCCUGAAAAUUUCCCAGCAAUAGGGCCCUUUACUUUAUCCUGGAGCUGAGCAAGAAAUUCAGUUGCGUAGAAUUGCUGUGCUUGGGAAAUAGUGCAUUUCCUGUGCAUUUAGACAAAUGGAUCAGCAAAGGUGUUUUACCUUUAAAGAAGAUAUAUUUUUUUAGGAAUAUAAA